ACCACAAAGUAAAAUAAAACUGCAGUAAUCGUAAACACAAAAAAAUACACUUUUGUUUUAUUUAAAAACUAAAUUCGAAAAAAAUAAUUUAUGUGAAAUGGAAAACCAGAGAUGUGCUUUAGGUUGCCCACCAGCUAAUCUUUAUAUUUUUCCUAGUAGGAAAAAUGACAAUGAAAGAGAUCCAGAUUUUCCUAUACAUGAAACGGUAAUAUUUCCGCCAAAUCUUAUUGAUGAAUCUAACACUAUACAGCCUGUGAUGCAAAUUCCAAUGAUCAAAUCUGUAUCUUGCUCGAUGUGGACCCAAACUAAUACACGUCUCUGUGGUUCAGUAGAGAUUUCAGAUUUAAUAGAGGAAUACCGCCUUAAUUGUUUCUAUUGUAGUGAAAUAUUUCCAUUAGAGAAAUGGUCAGCAUUCGUUGUUCAUUUAAGGGAGAAGCAUUUCAAAAAAGAAGAAGCCUUUAAAAUGUCUAAAUAUCAUUCACAGGAUCAUGACUAUACACCUAUAGGAUCUCCAUCGACUUCGCCAAUGAAGCCAGAAAUAAAAUUUAAUAUGGUUUCUAAUCCUAUAGUACAAAUACCACCAUCUCUGCCGGUUUUCACAGAACCUAUUAUACUACCACCCUUAUUGGCCAAACCGCAGAAAUGUAAUAAUAAACCUCUAAAAUUAAAUCCUCCACCACCUUUAUUGUCCAAACCACAGCAGUCCAACAAUAAGCCAUUUAAUAUAAGUUUAGCUGAUAAACUAAUUAAACUCUUGAAUGAAACAGUUUUAAAUAAAAAUUUUCUACACACAGAAGAGGAUAACAUUGUGAUCAUAAAAAAUUCUGCAUCUAGCAAUAUUGAAACAAGUCAUUUUUUACAAAAUUUUAUGAAUUGUGAAAAUAUAAGUCCAAAAAAGGCUGCGUUUAGUGCUAAAUUAAAUACUCCAACUUCAACAACUUCGUUGCCCAAAAAUACUCGUCCAAUUUAUACUCUAAACUAUGGCCAACAGAAUAUUCCUUCGAGAAGGCAUUCAUUUUCACGCGUCUUAAAACCAUUAGUUAAAAACAAGAUGACUAGACUAGUACAUAAGAGAGUGGCCCAACAAGCCUUAAAAAACAUAAAUGUAUUUGAAAAUGUGUAUAAAACUGUGAAAACAAGACCACCAAAGGUAUUGGAUUCGGGCAUACUUUAUUUAAAGGAUUUUGAUAGUAACAAAGUUAAUGAACGGCAAACUUCAAAUGAAACCCCUCUAAGUCGUUGUCUUAAGAGAAGCAGUACGGUUACGGAACCUGAAAAUAAACAAUUUUCUGUUAACAGUUUCCAGCAAAAGCCUAUCGAGCUCGUUUUUGAGUAUACACCAGAAGACAUCAUUGUUUCACUGCUAGAGUGUAUACAAAAUUAUCCAGUAUUAUGGAAAUUCCAUGAACAACCUUUCAAUAAAGACUAUUACAAAGCCAUAGAAGAAAUAUGUCAAAUAAUUAACGAUAAGUGGUCACUAAAUAUAACUUCGCUGAAAAUGAGACGAAGUAUAAAUCGUAUAUUAAGAUUCUAUCGUUUCAUGUUGCCUAGUGAAGAUAUUGAAAAAUUCAAUGACUAUUUCGACAAAUGUUCACUUUUUCUACCCUCAUCUAUAGAUGAAAUUCCAAGGGCUCGCUGUGACUACUGUUCUAUAUGUUACAAAAGCGACAAAGAGCUGAGAAAACAUUUAAUAGAAAAACACAAGUGUUUGAAAUGGCCAUACAAAUGUCAACAAUGUCACGAACGUUUUAGGGAACGUGAUGAAUAUGAGCUGCACAAACUCCUGCCACACUUUGUGGAAAUCUUCAAAUGUGAACAGUGCAGUAAACGAUUUAAUCGUCGGUAUUUAUACAAUAAACAUGUAAGUUCACACCAACGAACAAUACAGCGGAAUAUUCCCACGACAGCCGGUUCUACGCAACAGAAUGACCCGAGUUCACCCGGCCAUGGGCCGUCAACUCAAAUGUUGUUACAACAACAACAGCGGCCCAUAAAGUCAGCCAAACAGAAUAUAAAACCUGCAAAAUAUUCGCGUGAAUUAAGUGACGGAGAGAAUUUAUUUAAAUGUCCAAUUUGCCCAAAAGCUUAUGUAUUGAAAUCGACUCUGAAUCUACACUUGAAGAAGCAUCGUAGCGACUAUGACUUCAUAUGUGAAGUCUGCGGAAAGGGAUUUAUCCGUCAAUCAAGUCUCAAUGAACACAUGAAUACACACACUGGCGCUAAAAUAACUUGCAAUAUUUGCAAUUUAAAACUAAGAAAAUGUAGUUUAUCUCGUCAUCUGCGACUUGUGCAUGUUGCAACUGAAGGCACCAUUGAAAGUACAUUUAGAGCGCAAUGUUAUCAUUAUAAAAAGUUUAUGUUUCCAAAAUCUCAACAAUCACGUACUAAAACAGUGAAAGGAAACGAAAAAAUUACGCGGCGAUACUUUUGUAAAAUUUGUAAAAUAAACUUCAGCCGUCUUAAACAGCUAAAAGACCACAACAAAGAACUUCACUUUGAUGUAGCAAUGAUACCGUGCAAAAUGUGUAAUAUAGAGUUUAAACAUAUGCAUAAUCUUAAGCGCCACUAUCGUUGUAAGCAUAACCUACACAUGUAUCAAAUUUUCAAACUAGUGGAUCACAACGAGGAUCUAAAUACCGUGUUGGCAAUACAAACGGAAGAUUUAGAGACUGAGCAAAAUAUAUACAUAUCUCAUGCACUGAAUAAACAACACGACAAUGUAAAAAGAUCAACAUUUUCAUCUGGUGAGAAUUACUUUGAACCGGACAGAAUACACAGCGAUAAAAUACAAGAUGAAAUAAUGAAAGCGGUAGAAAAUAUUGAUAAACAAGAAAUCAAAAUCGAUGAUGAUCAUUCAAUGAAUGAUUUUUUUACAGAUCUCUUAAAAACGUAGUAAAAAAGGGUAAUUAAAACUUAAAAAAAUAAAUAUACAUAUAUACUAUUUUGUUUUUAUCUAUUUGUAAUCUUAAUCUUAUGUUAAUAAAAAAUCAAGAAAAUCA